AUGGAGCGGCUCAGCUGUAACGUUAUAGGAGGAUGUGUGCCUUUGUUUCUCGUCGCUGUGCUGUUUGAUGUCAUCGGCCUGAUUCUUCUCUUUAUCGGCAUAUUCGCCAACCUGCGCAUCGACGGCCGCUUCUACGGCGACUUCUUGAUCUACACGGGCGCCCUGGUGGUCUUCAUCAGCCUGUUCUUCUGGCUCAUGUGGUACGUGGGCAACGUGCACGUCUCGGAGGACGACGGCCUGCAGAAGAGCAGCAGCAUCGUGCAGCUGGCCAGGAAGCUGUCGGAGAGGCUGAGCCAGAAGUUUAGAGGGGACGUAAUGCCAUGCGUAAAGUACGCGGAUGAUGAAGACUGCAGUCGGGCGAGCACACCUGCUGCACACAAGGCCAGCAGGGUGACGUGGGGCCGCUCCACAGCCUACCACAAUCAGGGCUUUGAGGACUGUGCGGACUCCCCAGAUUUGCAGAAGAAAGUGGAGGCAGGACCAGAACAAACCAUCUGAACCUGCACCUGGUGGUACCUUAACAUACUGGUUAAACAUUUCAACUUCCAGGCUGCAGCGGGGACUACAGGAUUUUAAUGCCAAUACUAUUAUAGUUGUAUAGUUGUGUGCCAAAACUAUAUAUAUUAUGAUAGAAAUUGUGUUGAUAUGCAGGUUUGUAGUCAGGAUUUUUAAAAUACUGAGGUGCAAAUGACACUAACUGACAUUAAGAAGAAGUUCUCUACAUUUUUUUCAGCUGUUUUUAUUUUUAAGAACACUCUAUCUUGCAGGUCUGAAUGUUUCCUGGACCGGAUUUGCUACUAAUAGUAAAAACUGAUAGAGAACCAACUCAGCACUCUCUAUUAAUCAGUUACAAGUCUCAUUGUCAGUGCAACCUUGAAAGUUUUAAGUCAGUCCACAGUGGGCCUGAAGAACACAUAUUUACUUGUUUAAUAUGAGGCAGUUGAGGGAAUUCAACUUUUCCUCUUAAAGGUAUAUUAUGCAGGAUUUUCUAUAAGAAAAAAAGACUCCUUUUCCUUUUCAAUCACCCGUUAUGACCCACUUGUGGUGUCUGUAUCUGCAGAUGCCCUCUGCAUGUGUUUUCUCUUUUCUUUUCAUUUUACAAUGUUCAGAAGUUUCUAGGCGUUACCCUUUGAGCAUGAAGCUACAAAAACAAUGCAUACAACACAGAGAAAAUGUAAAUAUUGCAUUGUGAAAGUCCAAGAAAACUGAGCUUCUUACAAAGUAAGUGAGUCUGGGGGUUUGGGCAGAGAGGAGGGGCCGAGUGUGAAUGUUAAUUUACAACCACUAAGAGUCAAUUCCUGCAUAAUAUACCUUUAAAAUUACAACAUUUCAAGUCAAGAAACUUUAAGAAUUAUGGACCUGGGAAAAAGAAACCCAAUAUGAUUUUUGCAUCUAUUUUUAUCCAUCUAACGCUCCACUUGUAUUUCAUGUGUAUCUUAUUUCCAAACAUCAAGGUCUAAUUGACAUUUCAAAGCUUUUCCACACUGCCAGACUCAGAUAACUGAAGUGGGCGACUACCUGAGGCCCCAGAGUGUCCAGUUUCAAUUAGUUUAUAGCAAUUUAAUUAAGUGCAAAUGUGUUAGUUAAUAUAGUGAAGUGCAAUAUAAACUUUAAUGACAGGGACAUUAAGGCAACACCUUCAUUACUGCUUAAACUUAAGGGCCUUAAGGGUUUAUUUCAAAGUGGUUUCAGGUUAAUCCUGUUUGAGGACCUUUAUUGUUUCAAUUUAUAUUCUGCUGCAUUUAACUUAUUUUUAAAUAUGAACCCAUGCACGAAAGGAUGGGAGAAACAUGGGGGCUAACAGCUCUGUUUAAUCCAAUCCUGCUGCAUCCUGGAUCCUGAAUCUUGGACAAAAGUAUAUUGAUUUAUAUGGAAUUAACAGAAUCGUUUGCCUACUCAGAAAGGCUGUUAUAUCCAGAGAAAAAGGUGAAGUGUUCCUGUCUUGAUUAUCCUCCUUUAUUUCAGCUUUCAAUAUAUUUUUUCAAUAUUUUGCCACUUGUUCCAAAUACAUUUCCCAAGUUUUAAAUGACAGUAGCUGGUGCCCUUUAAUUCGCUGUCAAAGCAACAUUGCGACUGGUCAGACUGGUUUGUGGUGUUGUUGAAACAAACUUGACAAUCCUCAGAGGAUCAUGUGUGACCGGACACCCUGUUUAUCUCUGUUUAAUGCUGUUUAUCCACUCAGAUGUAUGCUGCAGCUCGAUACUGAUCACCUUUUUGUGAUUCAUGUGAUUGUAGCUUUCAGAGACUGAGCCGCAAUUACGGCACACCCUAUGCAAAUGUCACAGCCCUGUCAGGGUUUGGUUUAUUGCUACUGAAGCGGCCUCGAACACAUAAAGAGUCACUGUACGUUACAGUAAAUAAAACAUCAUUCAGCUGAGCUGUGUACACCAGGACAGUGAGUCAGAGCAGAGACAAAUAGUGGCAUCUUGACUUGUCAAACAAGCUGCUCACAGAGAAGUUUCCAUUGCGUGUAUUUCCUCUUUGUGACAGUCACCUCACAAUAGGUGUCAUUAUUGUCGAGAAGCACAAACUGUGGAUGAUCAAAUAUUUAGGGAAGGCUUGACUGCAGUGUAUCCACCCUGCAGAGCUGCUCCCAAGUAAAUAUAAAGGGUGAAUUUAUUUCCCGGGGUAAAUCUCUGAACUCAGUGGGAGCGAAGUCAAGAGGAAGCUUUGAACCAUCUGAUAAAAGAUGCAACACACUGAUGCAGCUCCGAAUCACUUUGGUGUCAUUAGCGGAACAAAAAGAUCAGGAGGGGGCCCAAUUAAUUAUAGCGGGCUUAUCUCUGUAAACACAAGCUCAAUGGCGGCUGAUUGCAAAAUAUAUGUGCAUAAAUCUGUCAUGCAGGUUACAGACAAUGGGUUGAUGUGUCACAUUAGUGGCACCAAAGGUGAAAAAACAAGUCAGUCCUGCAGAGGAAUGAAGAUGAACUGUGGGGCAUUCAGCUGCUGUGCAACCUGUUGUUGUGGUUGGAUACCAACCAGUCUUCCCACCAAGUCCUGUGCUAUGAAAGAAAUGUGAGGCGUUGCUGAGAGGGAAAUAGAACCAUCCAAGCUGCACUUUUCUAGAAAGACUUGCUCUCACUGCUGUCAGACGCUCGCAAGACGUGCACCUGUCCGUCUCCCGAGGCCCGGCCAUGGAGGAGAGGAAGUACCCCGCCGUGUUCCUGGGAAUCGCUGUGUUUUUGGACGUGGUCGGCCUUUGCCUCUUCUUCAUCGGCAUCUUUGCACCAUUGAGUUUCUGGGACUUUUUCGUGCUGUCUGGACCUGUGCUUAUUUUCCUCAGCCUGGUUUUCUGGAUAUUCUGGUACUUGGGGAACCUCACUGUGUCCGAGGAGGAGCUCAACCUGACCAAGCCGGACAUACUUUGACCCCAGUCUGACUGAAGCUGGGCUGAGUCAGCGCCGGCCGACCCGUCCAGAGCUCCUGGAUGAUGAUGGCGAGGAAGGGGACUGGUGGGAGAGAUUGAAGCUCUCCCUUGAGGUUUUUGCCUCAGUGAAGGAUGUGAUAACACCAAAUCCGGGCCCAAACCACGGACACAUUUGACUAAUCCCAGGAGAUAAAAAAAACCUCUAUUCCACCCUUUGACUUCAGGGUAAAAACAACUUGUCAUGUUGUUUAUGGACAGCAGAGAUUCCUGGACUUGUGGAAAAAUGUAUUUCUCAGCACUUUUUAUUGGGAUGCUUUUUAAAAUGGCACCAUCAUGAAGCUGUUGCCUUAUUUAUGUCAUUAUUAUUGCCACAGAUUGUGGGUUGAUAUCUAUAUUUUAACAUGUACCUGCACAUUUGUGUAACCCUGUGAAAUAAGCGAGUAAACAU